AAUACAUGGCAUAAUUUGGUCAACAAAGAAAGAUUAAUUGGAACUAAAACAAAAAGUUAGAGAGUCAACAAUACCAAAAUAACAGCGGACUUGUGCUGUGAAAACUGUUGCUAUCUAUCAAUCAAUGUGUGGGCGCUUAUGGUUUGAACUUCCCCUUCCUUUAACAAUGGCGUUUUGACCUCUCUCUCUCAGUCUUCUGGGUUUUUCCAAUUUCCCUUUCUCUCUCUCUCUCUCCUUCAAGUUGCUGCAAUCCCUAGAAAACCCCCAAUUUGAUUUUCUUAUAAAGUUCACAUUUUUUCUUCUUCUGCCAAUCCUCUUUUUCCCUCGUUUCAAUCUCCGUUUUGCUUUUGGCUAUCAGAUAUAUAUAUAUUUCUUCGUGCUUCUAUCUCAUAACGAUAAGUUUUAUUCAUCUUUGCGUCUUAGUUCAUCAGUAGAGAGAGUAGGGUUUUUUUUUUUGCGAGGGAAUUUGAUUUUGUGGGAGGUGCGAAUCCAUAUUCGAUUCCCCAAGCUUGUCUCUUUAUAUCCGUAGUUUAGUUGUAUGGUUGGGCUUUGAUUGGAAUAUCAAGGCUAGUUUUUAGCUAGGUUCAGUGAUACUUGGAAGAUCUGAGUUCUUCGUGUGUUUCUCAGCUUUGGGAUUCUACUAAGUUUGUCUGCAAAUCAGUUUCUAGUUUGUGGAGAUCUAAAAGACACGAAAUUUGCUGAAAUCUGGUUGAUAUCCCAGAUUUUUUAGAGGGAUUCGGGUAGAUUCUGUAGAAUUUGUGCGGGUUUGAUUGGAAACAUGACGGUGGAGGAAGUUAGUGAUGGUUCUGUGUGGAGUAGGGAGGAUGAUAUUGCCUUUGAGAGAGCUCUAGCUAAUAAUACUGAUGAAUCAGAGGAACGCUGGGAGAAGAUUACUGCUGAUGUUCCAGGGAAAAGUGUUGAACAGAUUAAAGAACAUUAUGAGCUUUUAGUUGAAGAUGUUAGUAGGAUUGAAUCAGGAUGUGUGCCUCUUCCUGCCUAUGGGUCUCCUCAAGGAUCAAAUGGUCAUGCUGGUGAUGAAGGAGGAAGUAGUAAGAAAGGAGGUAACAAUCAUGCGGGAGAGUCUAACCAAGGAGGUAAAUCAAAGUCCGAUCAAGAACGACGAAAGGGUAUUGCGUGGACAGAAGAUGAGCACAGGUUAUUUCUUCUUGGUUUGGAUAAGUACGGGAAAGGUGAUUGGCGUAGCAUUUCUCGCAACUUUGUAGUAACAAGAACACCGACCCAAGUCGCGAGCCACGCUCAAAAGUAUUUCAUUCGUCUAAACUCAAUGAACAAAGAUAGAAGGCGAUCAAGCAUUCACGACAUCACUAGUGUUGGCAACGCAGAUGUCUCAACGCCACAAGGACCAAUCACUGGUCAGAACAACAGCAAUAACAACAACAACAACACCAGUUCUCCUGCUGUUGCUGGAGGAGGAAACAAAUCAGCCAAGCAAGCCGUCUCUCAAGCACCACCUGGAGCUCCUAUGUAUGGAACACCCACCAUAGGUCAACCAGUAGGUGGACCAUUGGUCUCAACAGUUGGAACACCAGUGAACCUCCCAGCUCCACCUCACAUGGCUUAUGGAGUCCAUGCUGCUCCAGUCCCUGGCUCGGUGGUUCCUGGUGCAGCAAUGAACAUGGGUCAAAUGCCGUACACCAUGCCGCGCACACCAACAGCUCAUAGGUAACUCGAAAGCACCUUUGCAGUGAUAGUGCACUUGGUUUUAGGUGUAAGAAAGAUGUGUAAAGGAUUUAGUGAAUAUUCAAAGCUUGUUCCUUGAGCGAGUUUUUUUUAUUACUUAGUUUGUGGGGAUUUUGUAUGAGGUCCGAAUAAGAUAUUAAGAUGACAUGAUUAGUUUGCAGACUCCAGAAGCAAAAAAAAAAAGAAACACUCUUCUUUGUAUGUGAACACAAUAAAGCCUCUGUUAUGAGGCUUACAACAAGAUAGACAAAGCAACAUUGUAAAUCUUUUGUUCUCAAUCAACAAUCUGUUUGAAUUAUCAA